CGGGAAUAACCUAAUGUGGACUGUAUGUUAGAUGGGAGAUUGACAUUAAUGUCUGGUUUUUAAAUGUUUUCGAAAGAAGGAGUAAGCUUAAUUUUUGUUCGAUUCUCAUUGUUUUGAAGCAAGUACUAAAACCUGCGUACGAUGGAAACUGCUGGUAUAAGCAUGUUGAAGAAUUCUGUUAACUCCCUCGUAGUUAGCAGUAAUGACUCCAUUGAAUUCAAACUAGUACGGCAGUUGGCAGAUAUCAGUGACGACAGAUGCUCAUUCAAACCUGUUAUGUCCCAUCAGGUGUUUGGAGACAGAGAGAGUAUUUUUGGCUAUCAGGACCUGAAGAUCCAGCUGUACUACAGUGCUGCCAGGCUAACCACAUACUUCGGCAUCACUUACACAGAUAAAGUGACUCCUGACAAGUUCGAGGGGAUUGAGGCUGAUGAGAUUUUUGACAAGAUAUCAGAGAAGCUACAGCCAGGGUUCUACACAAACUUGGAUGAUUUCUGCAGUCACCUAGAGAAGGACGUCAACUUUGUGCCUUUUGGCGAACUGCAGCAUUCAUUUGCCACUGAUGAUGGUAAUCGCAGCUGGGAGAUCUAUAUGUGUGAAGUGACAACACCGGGCUUCCUGACGUACCACGAGAGACUGCAGACGUUUGUGCUGUGGUUCAUUGACGCAGCCAGCUUUAUUGACUCAGAUGACGACCACUGGAGGUUUUUCCUGAUAUAUGAGAAAUAUUAUGUCGAUGGGAACAUGUGCUACGCCAUUGCUGGCUAUGCAACAGUAUAUGAAUACUACGCAUAUCCUGACAACAUUCGGCCACGGAUCAGUCAGAUGCUGGUGCUGCCCCCAUUCCAGCGAUUUGGUCUUGGGGCUCAGCUCCUGGACAACAUCUACAGGCACUACAUCAAACAGCUCCGUGUUACGGACAUCACAGUUGAGGAUCCUUCAGAUGAUUUCCAGCGUCUGCGAGAUUUCUUGGAUGCACGGAACUGCGGUAAGCUGCCCAGUUUCCAGCCCCGAAUGCUGGAGGAAGGCUUCCAGGAUGAGAUGGUGGCUGAAGCCAAGGCAAAGCUCAAAAUCAAUAAGAAACAAGCACGCCGCGUGUAUGAAAUACUGAGACUACAAAUGACAGAUAUCCACAACAGUGAGCAGUACCGCCGUUACCGCCUGGAUGUUAAGAACCGCCUCAAUGUACCAUACCAGAAGGAGCAGCAGGAGUUGAAGAGAUACAAAGAGCGGCUUAAGGAUGCGACUCUCCAAGCAGCACUGUCAUUUGCAGACUCUAGUCAGCGCCUGGAGAGCCUUGAGCGUGAAUACCGAGAAGUGGAGGGCCAGUACCAGCAAGUGCUGCAGCGUCUCGCUUCACUCUGACGUGUCGAUAACAGUAUUGGCAGUCGUUCGAUUGCAUCAUGUGCUCUGUUACUGCAAACUGAAGGAUUUUUCCUACCACCACCACCACGCCCAUCCCCCUGAGGCUGUGGCCCUCAUUCUGUGCUAGAGAUGCAAUGGUGACUUAUUUUUGUAUUGUACGACGGAAGAAAAGAGUCUGAUUUUUAAGAAUGUAAAUUGAUAUUGUAAAGAAAUUGUGUGACAGAUAUUAGCUUUUUUGUUCUUAGAAGUUGAUGAGUUUAAGGGAUAUAUACAGUUUGCAACCUAACCUAAAAGCAGUACAGUUUUUGGUAUUUGCAAUAAGAUCAGUUUAUCUCUUGUGGUAUGUAGUCCUUGUGAAAUGCCUCCAUCUCCAAAUUAUGAAGAAUUUAAAAUCUUACUUUUAUUUGCUUCAGUAUAAUUUGCCAUGUACAAGGUUCACUGCACGGUACAAAUUACGAUAGAUUAAUUUGUGAAUUUCUUUGAUUAUGUAUUUAAGUGCAGAGAUAAUAAGUGCUCCUUCUGCAUUUUUCUCUAGACAAUUUGUUUCCUUCAAACAGUAGAACCACACUUUUCUAGGGAUUGACGAAAAACUGUAAAUUGCAGAUGCGAUCAUAAGCUUAGUUCUUACCUUUACAUUAAUCCUUUUUUUGGAAUGCUCGGCAAAUAAUUAUGGUAAAAGUAUUAAGCAGUGCAUGAAAAUCUUUGCAAAAUACAUAUUCCCAGAAACUGAAAACAAAAACAAUCUGCAAUUUUCAAAGCGACGAUGAUGAUUUCAUUUCAUAUCAUUAAUACUGAUUUGCAUUUUGUUCGAUGAUGUGAUGAUUUUUUACGCUCAUAUUUAGGGCUGACUGUGAUAAGGUUCUUCACUGAGAAAUAUGAGUCUUCCCGUGUAUGUCAACAUCUGAUAAUAUAAUACAUUCAGUUUUUGUUCUAAGUAAA